GCGCGGCCGGGAGUUUUGACGUGGCAGUUGCCAGCCGGGCUGAAGUCCGCGCGCCGCCAGCCUGUGGGGACAGCCGCUCGCGAAGGGUUCUUUCGUAGGACUCUCUCUUGGAAUGAGAUUUCCAGCAUGAGCCAACAAGGUUACGUGGCCACGCCCCCCUACUCCCAGUCCCAGACAGGGAUGGGCCUUUCUCCACCGCAUUAUGGCCACUACGGGGACCCAUCUCCUGCAGGUAUGGUGAAGCCAGCAGUGCCUUCGGGGGCUGCCCCUGGAGGGGUGUUGCCCCAAGGCCCCCCGCCUGCUGGACCCCACCAGCUUGGCCAGAACGGAGCUCAAGUCCAGGGUCACCUUCCCCAGAGGUUCCCAGGGCCUCCGCCCAUGAGCAGCGGGGCCCCGGCCUACGCCCCGUAUGCACCCACCUCGCCGGCAGCGUACCCGAGCCCCGCGGCCGCCUCGCCCGUCUCCCAGCUGGGCGCACAGCUCCACGCCAUGCAAGUCAGCGGCGGUUCGGGCAUGGUGCCCCCCAGCCAGGGUCCUCCCCGGCCUCCGCAGCCGUCCAUUCUGCAGCCUGGGUCACAAGUGCUCCCGCCGCCACCCACUGCACUGAAUGGUCCUGGUGCGGCCCCCCUGCCCCCACCGGGGCACAGGCAGGGCGGGCUCCCUGGGCCCGCUCCUCCCAGUGGCCAGCUCCAGCCCCCACCUCUGCCAGGACAGACCCCGGGCUCUGGAUACGGCCUGCAGCAGGCCAGCUACGGCCCCCAGGUGCCAGGGCCACAGCUCGUGUACCCGGGGGGCUUCCCCUCGGGGCCUGCGCAGAUGGCCGGCCCACCCGCACCCCAGAGGAAGCUGGACCCCGACGCUGUGCCCAGCCCAAUCCAGGUGAUCGAGAAUGACCGCGCCACCCGGGGGGGACAAGUGUACGUCACCAGCACCAGAGGCCAGGUCCCUCCGCUGGUCACCACCGACUUCGUGGUCCAAGACCAAGGCAACGCCAGCCCACGGUACAUCCGCUGCACCGCAUACUGCUUCCCCAGCACGUCGGACAUGGCCAAGCAGGCCCAGGUCCCCUUGGCCGCGGUCAUCAUGCCCUUUGCCACGGUCCCUCCGAACGAGGCUCCCCUGUACCUGGUGAACCACGGAGAGGCCGGACCAGUCCGAUGCAACCGGUGCAAGGCGUACAUGUGCCCCUUCAUGCAGUUCAUCGAGGGAGGGCGGCGGUACCAGUGCGGCUUCUGCAGCUGCGUGAACGACGUCCCGCCCUCCUACUUCCAACACCUGGACCACGUGGGCAGGCGGCUGGACCACUAUGAGAAGCCGGAGCUGUCUCUGGGCUCCUACGAGUACGUGGCCACUCGGGACUACUGCAGGAAGAAUAAGCCUCCCAGCCCCCCAGCCUUCAUCUUCAUGAUCGACGUCUCCUACAGUAACAUCCAGAGCGGCCUUGUGAAGCUCAUCUGUGAGGAGCUGAAGACGGUGCUGGAGAGGCUGCCCAAGGAUGAGCAGGAAGAGACGUCCGCGGUCCGCGUCGGCUUUGUCACCUACAACAAAGCCCUGCAUUUCUUCAAUGUCAAGAGCAGCCUGGCCCAGCCGCAGAUGAUGGUGGUGACCGACGUCAGCGAGGUCUUCGUCCCUCUGUUGGACGGGUUCCUCGUCAGCUACCAGGAGUCCCAGGCCGUGAUUCACAAUUUACUGGACCAGAUCCCCGAGAUGUUCGCCGACUCUGGCGAGAAUGAGACUGUCUUCGCUCCUGUCGUGCAGGCCGGCAUGGAAGCCCUGAAGGCUGCAGAGUGUCCCGGGAAGCUGUUCAUCUUCCACUCUGCCCUGCCCACGGCCGAGGCCCCCGGGAAGCUCAAGAACAGAGACGACAAGAAGCUGAUCAACACGGACAAAGAGAAGACUCUGUUCCAGCCCCAGAGCAGCGUCUACGACUCGCUGGCCCGGGACUGCGUGGCACACGGCUGCUGCGUGACGCUCUUCCUCUUCCCCAGCCAGUACGUGGACGUGGCCUCCUUGGGCCUGGUGCCGCAGCUCACGGGGGGCACCCUCUACAAAUACAGCAAGUUCCAGGUGCACUCGGACAGCCCGCAGUUCCUGAGCGACCUCAGGAACGACAUCGAGAAGAAGAUCGGCUUCGACGCCAUCAUGCGGGUCCGCACCAGCACAGGCUUCCGAGCCACGGACUUCUUCGGUGGGAUCUACAUGAACAACACCACGGACGUGGAGAUGGCGGCCAUCGACUGCGACAAGGCGGUGACGGUGCAGUUCAAGCACGAUGACAAGCUCGGGGAGGACAGCGGGGCCCUGAUCCAGUGUGCCGUGCUCUACACCACCGUGGGCGGGCAGAGGAGGCUGCGCAUCCACAACCUGGCGCUGAACUGCAGCUCGCAGCUGGCCGACCUCUACAAGAGCUGCGAGACAGACGCCCUCGUCAACUUCUUCGCCAAGUCGGCGUUCAAGGCGGUCCUGCAGCAGCCCCUGAAGCUCGUCCGGGAGGCCCUGGUGAACCAGACCGCCCACAUGCUGGCCUGCUACCGCAAGAACUGCGCCAGCCCGUCGGCUGCCAGCCAGCUGAUCUUACCGGACUCCAUGAAGGUGCUGCCCGCGUACAUGAACUCGCUGCUGAAGAGCUGCGUGCUGCUGGGCAGGCCGGACGUGCCCGUGGACGAGCGGGCCUUCCAGCGGCAGCUGGUCCUGACCAUGGGCGUGGCCGACUCCCAGCUCUUCUUCUACCCGCAGCUCCUGCCCCUACACACGAUGGACGUCAAGAGCACGGCGCUGCCCCCCGCGGUGCGCUGCUCCGAGUCCCGCCUCUCAGAGGACGGAGUCUUCCUGCUGGCCAACGGUCUGAGCAUGUUCCUGUGGCUGGGGGUCAGCAGCCCGCCAGAGCUCAUCCAGGGGAUCUUCAACGUGCCGUCUUUGGCGCACAUCAGCACGCACAUGACUGCGCUGCCCGAGGUGGGGAGCCCGCACUCGCAGACGCUCAGAAUCAUCAUGGGCAUCCUCCAGCACAAGAGGCCGUAUUCAAUGCGGCUCGCCAUCGUGAAGCAGCGAGAGCAGCCAGAGACGGCUUUCCGGCAGCUGCUGGUGGAGGACCAGGGCCCGGACGGGGGCUCGUCCUACGUGGACUUCCUGUGCUGCGUGCACAAGGCCGUCUGCCAGCUGCUCAGCUGAGGGCCCCAGCCCCUUCUCGGUGCCUCUCCUCCAGGCGACAGACCGGACCGCGGCUGCGUCCCAGCUCUCCCCAGGCCGGCCUUAGCCUCCCGUUGGUGCUCAGGGCUCCAGCCAGCAGAGGGGCCGCUGCCCCCGCACCAGGGCCGUCUGCAGACUGGAAACAUUCCCAGAUCUCUUUCUUCGUGCUGGGCAUAUAAAUUAUUUUUCAAAAUGUAUAGAUUUGGGGUGAAGUUUUCUGGAUUCCUCUCCCAUUUUCGGUGAGGGAAAAAAACGUAAUUUUUACAUUGUUUUUAAAAUCAUGUAACCCCGCCAAACACCCUUGUCAACCUGAGGUUUGCGUGGCAGGCUUUUAACGACCCCGGAAUCUCUUUGGUAGAUCGAUACUCGUUCUGCAUUUUUUUUCUCAAUGGCUCUCUGUACAAUUGGGAAGGUCCUCACCUGUAUGUCAUGGACCUCAGCCGCUAUCAAUAAAGCCCGUCCCGCGCUCGC